AGAAGACCGUUUCGUCCUGCAUUGGGAUGAAAGUGCGUAAUGGUACCGGAAAACGGUGAGGCUUCGAGCCGGAUUUCACGCCCUUCAACAGCCGAGUAGUACGAGGGUGAAAAUUGAGAAGCGGCAUGGCCCUGAGGAGGUUUUUGAUUUUCGGGGCGAUGGUGUCAACGGCGCAGGCGCAGACAGGGAGGGACUUCUUCUUGGGUCCUUGCCUGGUCAAGACGAACCAAACCUGCCCGGACGACGAGGUAAAGUUCUUCCUGUAUACCAGAAGAAACCGCGAGAACGGGCAGGAGGUGAACAUCACGAAGUCGGGCUCCUCCAACAUCCGGGAGCUUAACUUCAACCCCGGCAACCCGACCAAAGUCAUAAUCCACGGGUACAACUCGGACAUGCAGCUCGACUCGCUGGUCCGCAUAAGGAACGAGUACCUCGCGAGGGGCGAGUGCAACGUCAUCGCCGUCGACUGGCAUCGGUUAGCCGCAGCCCCGUGCUACCCUGUCGCCGUGCACAACGUCCCCCACGUAGGACGGUGCCUGGGACAGCUGAUCCAGAUCCUGAGGGACGUGGGAGCGACGGACCUCCACGUCAUCGGGUUCUCGCUGGGUGCCCACGUGCCCGCCUUCACGGCGAGGGCCUUGAGGCCCUAUAAACUGCCCCGAAUCACGGGCCUGGACCCGGCCAUGCCACUCUACAUAACCGUUAGCCGGGACGAAAAGCUCGAUCCCAGGGACGCCGACUUUGUCGACGUCUUCCACACGAACGCGUUCAUCCAGGGUAAGGUCGAGGCUAGUGGGCACAUCGACUUCUACAUGAACGGCGGUAUCACGCAGCCAGGCUGCUGGGAGAAGAGGAAUCCCUUUGGGUGCAACCAUCAUCGAGCCGCCAUCUACUUCGCCGAGUCCAUCAACUCCGAGGUUGGGUUUUGGGGAUGGCCUUGCCCUGGACUUUUAUCGUAUCUACUCGGACUCUGUCCACCCAGGUUCCCCGCCGUGCUGGCUGGUGAUCGGUGCAAUACUCAGUACCGGGGUUUUCAUCUGGUCAAAACACGCUCCCAGGAACCCUUCGCCGAAGGACCUUUCGCCGUCGAUCCGAGGGAUACUUGACGGAAGGAUUUGUCCGUCUCUGCGAGGAACCG